AUGAUUUUGACAACAACAAAAACAACAAAAUACACAUAACUAAUAGUACGGACGCGCAACGUUUUUCCGGCGAUUAGGCAAACAAUCUAAACAGUUAUAUUCGUUUUCGAAAAGUGAAAUACAAAUUUGGAAAAAAUGCAGAUCAAAGAAUUCCGCGUGACUUUGCCAUUGACUGUGGAAGAGUAUCAAGUUGCACAAUUGUUCUCAGUGGCCGAGGCGUCGAAGGAGAACACAGGCGGUGGCGAGGGCAUUGAGGUAUUAAAGAACGAGCCCUUCGACAACUUUCCACUGCUCGGUGGCAAAUACACUUCCGGUCAAUAUACAUAUAAGAUCUAUCAUCUGCAAUCAAAAGUUCCAGCGUACAUAAGACUAUUGGCACCCAAGGGCUCUCUGGAGAUCCACGAGGAGGCAUGGAAUGCAUAUCCCUAUUGUCGAACAAUUAUCACGAAUCCCAAAUUCAUGAAAGAUGCCUUUAAAAUAAUCAUCGACACGCUGCACGUCGGCGAUGCGGGCGAUUCAGAGAAUGUGCACGAGCUGACGCCGGAUAAGCUGAAAGCACGCGAAGUAGUGCACAUCGACAUUGCCAAUGAUCCGAUAUUGCCUGCAGACUUUAAGCCCGAAGAGGAUCCCACCACCUACCAGUCAAAGAAGACGGGACGUGGGCCCCUGCUCGGUGCCGAUUGGAAAAAGCGUGUGGAUCCCGUGAUGACCUGCUACAAGCUGGUGACAUGCGAAUUCAAAUGGUUCGGCCUGCAGACAAGAGUAGAGAAUUUCAUACAAAAGUCAGAGCGACGCCUCUUCACAAACUUCCAUCGCCAAGUUUUCUGUUCUACUGAUCGCUGGUACGGUCUAACAAUGGAGGACAUUCGCGCCAUCGAGGAGAAGGUCAAGGAGGAGCUGGACAAGGCGCGGCAGGUGGGCGAAGUGCGGGGCAUGCGUGCGGAUGCCGAUUAAAUAUAUUGUAGAAAAUUGUAAAACAAAUUAUAUAAAAUGUGUAUUGUAAAAAGGAGUAAAACAACAAAAAACU